GUCCGGUCGGCUUCGGUUUGCGAAUACCACAGUCAUUCGCGGAAGCCUUGACCUUCACUCUCUCUAAACCAAUUCCUUCGACAUACCUCUCCUUGGGGACCUUGUUAUAUGAAGACCCCCUUGUCGCGUAUCGUUAGUUGGGACCUGAACCAGGUCAAGACGUGAUACUUCUCCCCAGCAUCGUCGAAUGGUGCUGAAGACCCACCUGCAACACAAGCCUUGAAGGGGAAUGGUGGAACUUCCGGUGGAGGAUUACACGCUCGCCGUGACCACUCGGCGCGGCGCAUCCGACCUUUGUCUCCCAUCCAGAUUAUUCGAUUCCCCGGCCGAUAUCCACCAUGAAGGGCACUCAAGAACCAUAGUUCAUCCCUAGCGACGACCCAACAAUGGCAAUUCCAACACCCUCAUUCCUCCUUGGUAUCGCCAUCCUAGCGUACCUGGGUACCUUUGUGCUCUUUGCACUUUUACGGAUCGUUACGGGCAUAUCGAUACAACGACUAGGCUUCUCGGGCUUCCGGCGCGUCGCUUUCAAUCCGAAAGAGGGGGUGCGGAUAGAGAUUCGGGGCAUAGGGUUCGCGAUUCAUCGCCCCACAUUUGCACAACCUACAUGGAUCAGUAUAAAAUUCACGGAGUUGAAGGUUCUUAUUGACCUGCGGACACUGGGCAAGAGCAAAAACAAGAAAGGCCGGAGUCGAUGGGGAGUGUGGAGAGGAAACGGCGCAUUACUACGAUCUACGGACGACGGUGAUGAUGACGAAUCUCGUCCAAACUCUCCAUUACCAGGCCGACAAUCCCCGGAACCGGAGGAAGAGAGUGAAGAGGAGGAGCGGAGUCGACUUUGGAAGAGACUGACAGAAUGGAAAGAGCGAAUAAAGCGGAUGCAUCGAAAAAUCCAUUGGAUUAGAAUGUUCGAUCUGGUCGCGACAGACUCCAUGGUGGUUAUCGAAGAUGUUGGGACAAUUCAGAUGGCGUACUUCACUUUGGCUGUGGACACACGCCGGAAGACCGUGGACCGCGCUCGGCUUUAUCAAAAUCGAAGGACCCGAUCUGCUGGAAAGAAACCUGCCGAGUGGAUUAUGAAUCUUCGAAGCGUACUCCUCACGCCUGAGGGUAAAGAAAGUACCGAGAUCCUGGAUAACUGCAAUCUGAACAUCCAUGGAUUUCUUUACCAGCAUCUCGAUGGACUACGAGAUGCAUCGAUUGGGCUCAAACUUGGGAGAGUCACCAUACCAUACGACGAUGUGCGGACCAUGUCGGAACGAGUUAAGCAUUGUCGACGAGCAUAUGGUAGCUUUGACCUGAAGGACAGCCAGAGCGACAUUACCUUUACGGAUUUGAUGGAAGAGUUUGAUGCCCCUGGCAGCAAAGAAACCUCUAUUUCCCAGACAGUAUCUGACUCUAAGGAAUUUGUGUCCUCCAUACUCAGAGGCAUCCAGGAGAUCCAAUUUGCCACCACAUUCUUUGGAUUGACAAAGAGGAUCCGGUCUGUUCAAUCGUCCGGUGCGCCCGUCUUCCUAGACAUGUCCAUGAAAGAGCUUGGAUUAGACCUGAUGAGACUCGAUCCCAAGAGUCCGGCGCAUCUCAUGUACUUCUCACCCUCCGACAUUGCGCACCAAGCUCUCAUUGCGGCGAUCUCGAUCUCGGUUGGCAUCGACGACGGGAACGAUCAUCCCGAACGAUUGCUCUAUGUACCGAUGGCCACAGCAACCGUACGGACUACCUUGCCAUCGAAGACCAUCCAAGGCUCGGAGGAGAAGACUUUCGCGGAACGUAACACCAACAUCUUGUUUGCGAACCUUGUCAUUACUUCCCCAUCGAUCGAUUUAGAUCCGAAACAUUUGCCUCUGAUCAUCGCUCUGAUGAAAUAUCAGAAGAGGACAAAAUUUACUUCGGCACCUGCGAAGCGCCAGAGGCACAUCAUCUCAAGGUUGCUACCCAAGGCCAACAUCAAAAUUUCUAUCCACGAACCGGUUGUCCGUAUAACGCUGCCGCCAAUGGAUGCAGCCUUGCGUGGCACUGAUCAAUAUGAUCUUCUAAUCAGCGCUAUGUCUUCUGUCUCCCUUGAUGUCGACUCUUCACAUUCCGCAGCUGGAGACCUUCAUUAUUCCUUAUCGUCGAAUUCCCGAAUCUCCUCACACCAACUCUACUACCAAACUUCGGAAGGGGAGAAACACAGUCUACUGACUACCGAUAGUCUCGAGGCCAAGGUACAAAUCAGUGCCAGCCCGGAUGUCGCGGUGAUAGCAAGUUUCAACGCUCAAACCUUCAGUGUGCAUAUGGUUCGUCCGGAAAUUAGUGAAGGCGUCCGCCAGAUUGUUUCUCAAAUUCAGAAUGAUCGCUUCCUACGAGCACCGCGAGCAUCUCUAAACGAACCUACUCCGAGUCUUCUCCGAAGCGUCCCUUCUUGGUUGAUGAAUGCUCAAUUUCAGGGCUCUGAUUUCAAUAUUGAGAUCGCUGGCAUUGACCCCGAGAUCAGCUCCAACGCUAAAGGUGUUGCGAUUCACCUCGAAAGUUGGUAUGCCGAAUACAAAGCGAACAAGGCUGAUGAACUAUCCGCUCGGAUAGUCAGAAAGCGAGGAAGUUCUCGUACCGUCAACCCGGAAGACAUCCUGCUCCGGCCUUCAACGCCCCGAAGUCCCCGCAAACGUAAUCUACGCUCAAGCGAUGGUCGAAGACUUGCUAUACACUUGCACGGCCUCGAUGCGUUUGUUAUCGAGUCCUCAGAGAUGUGGGAACCGACUCCAUUUUUGACGCUUCCUCGCUUUGAGGUCGCUUUCUCAACCUCCACAGAUGGGAAAGGACCGAUCCUGCACAUCAAUUCCUUCACACGAGCGCUCUACAUUAACUACUCACUGUAUCGCCAUUUCGCCGUGGAUCUUGCGACUAUGGUAUUGCUGCGGACGUUCAUCGGCCCGUUAUCUAAUCAAUCCGGACGCUCUCGCAGCGUUUUCUCCCGAAGCUCGUCAUUCCCUCUCUCUCCAACCGCCCCCUCUCCUACUUCGCCGAAAUCCGAGUUCCUCUUCCCUGUUUCCGAGAAGUCAUCUGGAAUAUCUAGCUCGCCGUCAUACCCCCGCUCUCCAGACGAAUCCUCUACAGCCCCCGAUGCCUUCAUGGGGUUGACAGAGACCGUGACUCUGGAUUUCCGAGCUGCAUUCAUUCAGAUCAAGGCUUCGAUGCCCGCGGAUCCUCCUUUGAUGAUGCAGAUAUUUUCAUUGGAGACAGGAUGGCACCGAUGGUCCGCGCCAUUUGCAAGGCUUCGAUUUGCGAGAUUGUAUGCCGAAACUCCAGGGUUGAAAAAUGUUUGGAGUAGGCUCAUCACUAUCAAAAGUGGACGAGUAGACCUCCGAUCAGCCCGCAAAAAGUCCGCAAAUGGCGUCUACACUGAUGAGAACAGUAUCGAUGUUGCUGCGGAAGCCAUCAGAGUAGCUGUUCCGCAUGGACUUGUUGUUCAUAAAAUCUUUGAUAACUUGGUCAACGUCACGAAAACCGUCCAACAACUUCACCAUCGGUUCACGACACAUUCUGACGAGUAUAUUUUGAACAAGCCUCCCCAGGCACCGAAGAAAGUGCCUCGAAUCAACAUCCGGACCCAAGCCUUGUUAGGAGAGAUUGAGGAUAGCCCAUUCGAAUGGAAGCUCGGAGUCAUAUAUAAGAUGGGACUCCUAGAGCAGAAGCAAAGAUCCACCCGCGAAGAGGCAUUCCGGAUCAAAGUCAAGAAACUGAAAGAGGCAGACAAGAAAUUCGGGGCCAAGCACCGAGCAAAGAGUACUCACGAUCGCAAGUCGAGACCAGAAAGAGGCAGCCUCGAUGAGGUUAAGCCAGAUACACAUGAAAGGAGCAAAAGCGAAGGCCCACGUGGCCGACAACGGAGCCCUUCCAUAGGUGGACCCAACGUCAUAAGAUACGAAGCUGAAGGCGCUUGUGGGCUUAGCGAUAGUGCCAAGCGUACGGUCGACCAGUCCUGGGAGGCGCUUCAAUUGCUGAACGCUCGGAGCUGGAAAACAAGAAUCGAUCUGGGCUUAAAAUACCAGAAUCGUGGCAUGAAGGACAUUCGUGCCAUGUUCUGGGGCAUUGAUGAAGGCCACGAAGACUCGGACCAACGGGAGUGUAUCAUGUCCAUUCCACAGCGGCCUGCUCUCGCCACAAUCCAGAUAUCGGACUUCAACUUUCUAGUCGACAAGCCAAGCUUUCCGAUUAAUGAUUUCCCAAGCUUUUUGAACCGGAUUGGAAAAGGCAUGCCAAGAGACAUGAAGUACAGCAUCCUUAUUCCAAUGAACGUUCAUAUCAGCAUGGGAGAGACCAGGAUGACGUUACGAGACUACCCCCUUCCUUUGGUUCAUAUUCCUGCAAUUCGACCGGGUCAAAGCCCAAGACUGCCAAGCUUAUCACUGAAGACAGACUUUGUGAUCGCAGAAGAGUUCAGAGAUAUCGAAUCGAAGCGAAUGGUGGACGUCGUCGUUGUUCCACCCGAAACUGGGCCUGAUGACGAGCAAACCGGCGGGUUCUCCGUCAUUGUGCCUCGGACUGUCAGUCCUGUCAAAACAUUCUCCGACAUCUCGAUCGACAUCAAUACGAGCGGCUCAACACGAAUUGCUUGGGGCACGAGCUAUCAGCCAGCGAUGCAGGACAUGAUGCAAAUCAUUGAAGGCUUCACUAAACCAGCUCUCGACCCAUCUGAGCGCGUGGGAUUCUGGGAUAAGCUGAGCCUCUGUUUUCAUUCUCGGCUCCUCGUCAGUUGGAAGGGUGAUGGUGACGUUCACCUCAUUUUGAAAGGCUCCAGGGAUCCUUAUCUAGUCACGGGGGUCGGAGCCGGUUUCGCUCUGUGCUGGCAGAAUGACGUAGCCUGGCGCAUCUGGCAAGAAAACGAUCCCAGGAGAUUCAUGAUCGUGGAAUCUGGAGUGUUCGUUCUGGCCGUUCCGGAUUUCAGCGCAUACGUUCGACACACGCAAGAUCAUACGAUCACGGGACAGGAUGGUUCCAUCCCUAUCAGCUCCGAUCCAAAGAAACCCGGUCCCAUUUUCCAAAAGACCGUGAUGAAAUUGACUGGGAGCGUUCGCUGGUUGCUCGGUCUUGUCUUCGAGCGGAAUUUGCCCCAUGGCGGACGGUCUUUUGAUUUCAAACAUCACUACGACGUUGUAUUGAAGCACCCAAAGUAUGCGAAGAGUCGAGACGGACUGAAUUACGAUGCGUACCGGGGAUUUAGGAGCCACCACAUCCACAUGUCCAUCGCCGUUGCCGCUCCGAUAGAUCGGGACUGGACGGUGACGAACCUGAAGGCGUCAAACAACUACAAUAGUGUGCAUUUGACUCCUAGAUUUUUCAGUCACUUUUUCAGUUGGUGGUCUAUGUUCUCCGGUGUGCUUUCUCUCCCGGUCCGGCAGGGCAAACUCUGGCCAAACGCGCCAGUCAAGCCAAGCAAGAAAUUUGGGCGCCAUCUUGCCACAAUCAAGUAUAACCUCCUUCUGAGUCCUUUGUAUAUGAGUCACAUUUACACGCACAGUGAAGGAAAUGCAGGGGGCCAGGUCAAUGCUACGGGGUUGAAGGUCAAAAUCGACAGUUUCAUGUUGGAUCUUCAUCAACGACGAGAGGAGUUUAGGAAAAUGGUCCAAGGGAAGCUGUCCAAAACGACUGCAAUCCGCAUCAACCAGGCCCAGGUUGACUUCAUGGCAGCCGAUAUUCGGGCUGUAUCUGCAACGAUGACUACUCCAGGCAUCAAUGAUCUCCACGUUACAGAAGACGAUUACCCCGGCCGGCUAAGCUCGGAAACUCCUAUUGAUCUUUCCAAGUUCACAAUUCCGGACAAUGACUUGAGAUGGGUUGAUAUGGACGAUUUCCGCGAAAUGGACUGGGCCAUCCCGACUCAGUCGAAUCCAGAAACGAAGAUUCUCCCAUUAGCUUUUGCGCCUCGAUUCACCUACUUCCGACAGACAGACCACAAUGAGACGAUUUCCGGAGAUCCGAAUCGAUCCAGUCCCUUUGGUUAUGAAGAUACGCACUACUGUGUGAUGUCGGCCCGAAAUGAUCCCCGCCGAGUUCAAUGUGAUCUCAUUCAAGCCCGGUUAGAGCAGAUCGACGAGCAAAUCAUGCGACACCGAAGGACGCUCGGAGAGCACGAGCUAAAUCUAGUCAAAAGCGUAGAUUCCGACGCCGGCCCACUGCAAGAGCAAUUCGGCGUCCUCCAAGAUCAUGACAAUACUCUUCGCAAAAAGAAGGCGUUUCUCCAAGCGAUGUUGAAGACACUCGUCGAGCGGCUGGAAAAAGAUGCCGAGUUCAUGGCUAAAGAUCCUGAGGCUGCGGAUGACAUCUUCUUCGAGGCUAAUGAACAGAGUGAGGACCCUGACGCAGAAACAGAGGCUAUGGCGUCUGCACCGCUUGCGGAUUACCUGAGUGAUUCUAACAAUCGAUUCAUCGUACACAAUUCCCAAGUCAAGUGGAACAAUUCGCUGCGCAACAUCAUCAUGCGCUAUAUCCAUGAGGCCAGUCAACGGCGCGGGUUCGUGUAUUACAUGAGCCGCAGAGCAGUCAAAUUCAUACUCGACAUCGUGGACGAACAAAACAAGCUGAAGACCGAGCAUCCAGAUGUUGAAGAGGCCCUUGCCACCCCCACAACGGCUCCUGUCACACCACAAAAAGAUGAUGAGACCAAUAUCCAGGGUCGAAUCCAGGAGUUGCUUGAUGAUGCAAGACAAUUUGUCACGGCGGACGACCCCGAUGAAAAAGAUGGGUCUGGGAUUAACCGGACCGCCGAUGCUGGUGAAGACAUAUCUCUCGACUUCACUGCGCAAAACUCCUACCACGUCCGUCUCAUCGCCCCUCAAAUUCAAUUGCAAAGCGAUAAAAACCCCAAGUCUGCCGUCCUUGUUACAGCUAAAGGGAUGCAGAUGAAGGUUAUCCAAAUCAUGGACAAGGACAGAAUGACGGACGAUGUUAGUGGACUGGUCCAAAGACGGUUUACUCUAGCCACAGACAGCGUGCAAAUCUUCGUCACGAACUCAAAAACGUUUCCGCGGAACCUGUUGCACAUGUACUCUGGGAGCAGAUACGGCGCCCCCGCAGGUAGUGCAUGGCCACCUUGGGUGCCUCUCGAAGUCAUGUUUGAGUUCAGCAUCGAUCCAUUCGGAUUUUCGAGAGUUAUUCAGCGAACGUCGGUGACCAUGCGCUAUGACAAGUAUAACAACCUCCGUCUCAAGUAUAACGAUGACGUCACAACUGGAAACGAUGACCAGCCUCUGCCGGAAGCGGAGAAAGGAGAGAGGCGGAUGGACCACAUCUGGGUGGAAUUCCCUCAUCUUCGUGUCACCUGCGAUUCUACGCAAUAUUACGCACUCUACGUCAUCAUCUUAGAUUUGCUAUUAUACAGCGAGCCGUUGGAGAAGACAAGAAAUGAACGACUCGAGAAGAUCAUGCUGGCUUCAGACUUCAGCGAUCUGUCCGGGACGCCUGAGAUGGUAGAAAUGCUUCAGGAGAGGAUCCGCCAGCUGGAAGAGAUAAAGCUAGUGUUCCAAGUCCGCGAGAGGUAUCUUGAUGCCCAAGGCUGGAAAGGCCGAAUUGCGGUUGAACAUGACUUGAGCGUCGCCGAAGACGACCUGUUCUUCAUGAUGAAGGCGAUCACGACGGCUCAGCGAAAGUACGAAGAGAAGGGGUCGGCGAUGGAUACGACGGGCAUGUUGCGUUGGCUCAUCUCUGCCUCUGAGAUCAAGUGGCAUCUGAUAAGGGGUAAGGAUGAGUCACUUGCUGAGCUUCAGUUGCAAGGCGCUUGCUUUGAUCGUGUGGAUCAGAGCGACGGAUCCAACCGCAAUACGAUGGAGAUUGCACAAAUUCGAGGAUACAAUCUCCUAUCCAAUGCGCUCUAUCCGGAAAUCAUCGGUCCGUACUCUGACGACGCAAAGGGUAUUCCGGAUUCUCGGGAGGCAAAGAUGAUCCGUGUCCAUUGGUAUAUGCUUGAAGCGAUUGGCGGCAUACCAGUGAUGAACAACUUCGAGGUGAACAUUCAUCCCAUCAAGCUGCAGCUUGAAAAGGACGUCGGAAUAAAACUCUUUGAGUACAUCUUCCCGCAAGCUGGACCUAACGCUUUUGAAAACGGCAGCUUCUCCCCAUUUCUCGUCAAAAAUAUGCUUCCCGCUCAGGAGGAAGAAGAUGAGAAAGUUGACGCCGGCCAGGUUGAUGAUGAGGUAUCUACUGGGAUUGGGAGUGACAUUAGCCACCACACAGGCACCGAGGACUUUGAACUGCGCCUUCAGCCUACACUGGAUCUCCCGAGCAGAAGACAAAAGUCAUCCGGUAAACCCAAGAGCCGUCACCUGUAUCAUCUGCACUUGUUCAACUCAUCCGAUGCCGCUGGGAACAAGACGCCGAUACUUCCGAGCCGCGACUUCUCCUCAGAUAGUCUAUCGCAACUUUCCCGCCCUCCCAGCCAUCCAGAUGGCUCCGAAAGAUCUUCUACCCAAUUAACCGAGCGUCCGGACCGAGGCAAGCGGUUUGGUUUGCAUCGUUCUCCGACGGGCGGUACUCGCUCGACCGCCAAAACUUCACGUCCAGACGACAUCACCCAGAUGAUGAAGAGAGCAUCCAACUACAUGACCCUCGCAUAUGUCAAAAUCCCGAGCGUUGUCCUUUGUCUAUCCUACAAAGGCAAAGGUCAACGCAAUUUCGAAGAUGUCCACAACCUUGUCUUCCGACUUCCUACGUUGGAAUACCGCAAUAAGACCUGGUCCAACUACGACCUUGCUAUGCAGCUCAAGAGGGAAGUCCGUCGAGCGCUCAUCUCGCACGUUGGCGCUAUUGUCGGAAACAAGUUCUCUCGACAUAAGACGCCGGGCAUCCCAGGUGGUCGCUUGAAGGAAAUUGCGAAUUCGACCACCCUCCUGAGCAUGACACCUUCUCGAAGUGAAGCAACAAGUGAAACAACUAGCACCAGAGACCUUUCUGAUGUCCUUGCCGGAGACACCGACGAUAGCUACAGUGAAAGUCAGGCUGGAGAGAGCAAUCGCAACGAAGAGGACUCUUUAGCUUCCAGCGUUCACUCCUCAUCCACAGCUCCGGUAGCAAGAGGGUCACCAGUGGUUCAACACGAUUUUGUGACGGCAGAGCAAUCGGUUGCUACUGGUUCAAAUGGAAUAGACGAUGAGUCAUCCAGGAGACCACCAAGUGUCCACAGCUCACUUGCGAAGCGACUCACCGGCCUAGGUGGUAAAUCCAAAGACAAUUCCGGGGAUGAUUCAGCAAGCACUCGCCGCAAGAGCAAACUUCUACUUGGAAAGCGAUUUCUGCAACAUUAAAAGGCUCAUACCACAUCCUUCUCAACCCUUUCUUUCCUACAUUUCUCCGCCAGGCAGGGGAAAUUGGCGGUUGACUGACUUCGAGGAGUCUGAUUCUUUGGGUAGUAGAUUUGUCGCCUAUAGAGGGUUACCUUGGGUUUUUAAAGGCGUUCGGCAUAUUGUGACAUGAGCAUACCGGGAGGCAUUGUCUAAGAACGAGGGCGGCAACGGCAACAGAUGGUCAAGAUGCAUUCGGGCAACCAUGCACUUUUUUUCGAACUAUUUAUCUUACAACUCCUUGAAUACCAAGAAUAGGGUGUCACGUGUGUACCUUCUUUACACCUCCUCCAGGUUCUAGCGUCAGUCGAAUUCUGCAAGAUCGUAGGAAUAUCUGCUGCAACAGACGC